AUGAAGUGCCUCAUCCUCGUUCUUCUUUCAAUUGUUGCCCUCACCAAUGCUAGAAACUUCAAAGUUCAUAGCCGUGCUCAAACAUUGGCUGAAACUAUUGUAAAUAACCUUGGACGUGCGAUUGAACUCAAGGAUACAACUCGUAUUGCUUCUCAAAUCCACCAUGAUUUCCACUUUGAAGGUUGUGGCCAUCGUCUCUCGCGUUCCCAAUUCAUCAAGUUCUUGACCCUUUUGCCAGAAAACUUCAAAUAUCAACUCAAUGUCUUCGAUGCUGUUCGAGUUGGCCAAAAAAGUGUUAAAUAUAUUGUUGAAUGGAUUUUCGAUCAACAUCAUUCUGCUUACGAAUUCGUUGCCACAAAACAUCACAAUGGAUAUGUUCUCGAACAUGGAAAACGAACUGAUUGCGUUCUCAAGGGACUUUAA